UCAUAUCCAUUGAACGCCUUUUACAUGAUGGAUAAAAACUACCUGUUGUAAUUUAAACAAAAUGCAGUAUCUAAGAUAAACUGUUGUGCAGUAACUGAAGUUCUUCGACAUAAUGCAGUAUCUGAUAAUCUACAUAACCUUAAACAUGGUGUUACAUCAAUCAUGUCUCUAUGAAGUUUAUUCUCACCGAAUUAGGACAGCUCUUUACGUUCGUAUUCCUUCACGUGCCGAGGCCGAAGACGAUGAGUACCGUCUGCUCUUUCCUCCACACAUUUAUAAUGACGUCACCAGCGUCACCGAUUGCGCAAUAAGAUCACUAUCAAUAUCUGCGGCCUCUUUUUUGUACAAUUUGGAGGAGAAACAGUGUGACCCUGCAGCAUCGCCUUCACACGGAGUAAACACAGGAUUUUAUCAUUACACUAAACAGGAGACAGAAAAUUUCUUCAAAGCCUGUAGAUAUCAACUCUCAAAGAGAAAAACUUCUUUUCAAGAGGCAAAGAAAAGAUGUGAGACAGAGGAUGGAUACCUGCUAAAAAUAGAAACUAAAGACGAAAAUGAUUUUAUAAAGAAACUGUUUCCAGGUAAAUCUUUAUGGCUGGGAGCUACAGUAUCAAACAGUGGCAUCACGUGGGGCGAUGGUCAAGAUGUACAAUUCACAGACUUCGUCGCCAAUGACCCUGUAUUAAAUGAUUUUAAUUUACUUAAGGUGUCUAGAUGUAUCAUAUUAACUCAUGAUGGUUGGAAAACUGAAAGUUGUGCAAUUUUUUUCAACAAUCAUUUUGUGUGUGAAUUUGAUCAAUGUAUUCAAUAACUUAAGUGACCUUUGUCAUUACAGUGUAAUAUUUCUUUGUUAUUCUGUUGUGCCUCUUGAUUUAAUGGAACUAAGCAAUUAUUAAUGAAUAUGGAUGCUAUGAUCCUUGGGAUAAGUGUUCUAAUGUUAAUGAGGGGCUCUAUUGAGUUUUUAGCUAAAAUGCACUCAUACCUUGAAUUUUUUCUUCUCUUCUUCCAAGUAUUGAAAUAUCUCACCAAGUUUAUAUAUACAGUACCUGGCCAUAGGCCUGUCAUAAAAAAUGCCGAAAUAUCAAAAUUCAGAAAGUCAUUUUUUUCUUCUUUAGCGUUGGUUAAUAAAUCACUCUAAACAA